UCUUGAGCCCGGCUGUCUCUAGAGCUGGGCGCAGAUCUGGGGUUCCCUGUUCAACUGUUGCUACUUCAGGAGCAUCCAGGUGUCUGUGCAACAUCCUUUCACCCUGUGACCUGCAGGUACUGGGGCAUCCCUGAAGCUGGGAAAUGGAACUGUUGACAUUCAAGGACGUGUCUAUAGAGUUCUCUAUGGAUGAAUGGGCCUGCCUGGACCCUGCUCAGCAGACUUUGUAUUGGGACGUCAUGUUGGAGAACUACGGACACCUGGUCUUCCUAGGUCUUACUCUAUCUAAGCCCGACUUCAUUGCCUGUCUGGAGCAAAGCAAAGAACCCUGGAAGUUGAAGACACACCAGACAGUAGUCAAGCCCCCAGGUAUAUCUAACCAUCCUGACCAAGACCAUUGGCAAGAUUUGGACACAAAUACUUUAUUCCCAGACAUAAUCCUGAGAAGAUAUCAAAGUUGUGCCCCUGACAAUUUAAACUUAACAAAAGACUGGGCAAGUGUGUCUGACUGUAAGCAGCAGAAAGUAUGUGACAGUGAACUUGACCACUGUUUAACGGCUACCCAUACCAUAAUCUUCCAAUGUAGUAAAUGUUUAAAAGUCUUCACACAAUUGUCAAAUCUAAAUAGACAUAAGGUGAUAUGUUCCAUAUGCAAAACAUUUCACUGUAUAAAGGAUGGGAAAGCCUCUAACCCAUGUUCACAUGAGAUAAUUCAUAUUGCAGAAAAACAGUACAAAUGUAAAGAAGGUAGCAAAGUCUUCAAAUCUGACUCAAGCCUGUCUAAGCAUAAGAGACCUCAUACUGGAGAGAAACUCUUCAAGUGUGAAAAUGAUAGCAAAUGUCUUGGCCACAGAUCACAAUAUUGUAACCAUGAGACUAUUGAUAGUGGAGGAAAACCCUACAACUAUAAAGACUGUGACAAACUUACCAAGGAGUACUCACACCUUUCUGGACAUAAAAGAACUCAAUCAGGAGAGAAACCCUGCAAAUGUCAAGAAUAUGGAAAAGGCUUUAACAGUUGUUUAACACUUUCUGUACAUAAAAGAAUUCAUUCUGGAGAGAAACCCUACAUAUGUCAAAAAUGUGGUAAAGCUUUUAACCGGUACUCACAGCUUUCUAAACAUCAAAGAAUUCAUUUUGGAGAGAAGCCCUACAAAUGUCAACAAUGUGGCAAAGCCUUUAACCAGUACUCAUACCUUUCUAGACAUCAGAGAAUUCAUUCUGGAGAGAAACCCUACAAAUGUCAACAGUGUGACAAAGCAUUUAACCAGUACUCAAACCUUUCUAGACAUCAAAGAAUUCAUUCUGGAGAGAAACCCUACAAAUGUCAACAAUGUGGCAAGACCUUUCACUAUUACUCAGGUCUUUCAGUACAUAAAAGAAUUCAUUCUGGAGAGAAACCUUACAAGUGUCAACAAUGUGGCAAAGCCUUUACUGUUAGUUCAACCCUUACUAAACAUAAAAGAAUUCAUUCUGGAGAGAAACCCUAUAAAUGUCAACAAUGUGCCAAAGCCUUUAGCCAGUACUCACAUCUUUCUAGACAUCAAAUAAUUCACUCUGGAGUGAAACCCUACAUUUGUCAACAAUGUGGCAAAGCCUUUAACCAAUAUUCAGCCCUUUCUGUACAUCAAAGUUCUCAUUCUGGAGAGAAACCCUACAAAUGUCAACAAUGUGGCAAAGCCUUUCACCAUUACUCUGGCCUUUCUCUACAUAAAAGAAUUCAUUCUGGAGAGAAACCUUACAAAUGUCAACAAUGUGGCAAAGCCUUUCACUAUUACUCAGGCCUUUCAGUACAUAAAAGAAUUCAUUCUGGAGAGAAACCUUACAAAUGUCAACAAUGUGGCAAAGCCUUUGCUGUUAGUUCAACCCUUACUAAUCACCAAAGAAUUCAUUCUGGAGAGAAACCCUACAAAUGUCAACAAUGUGGCAAAACCUUUCACUAUUAUUCAGGCCUUUCAGUACAUAAAAGAAUUCAUUCUGGAGAGAAACCUUACAAAUGUCAACAAUGUGGCAAAGCCUUUACGAUUAGUUCAUCCCUUACUAAUCAUGAAAGAAUUCAUUCUGGAGAGAAACCCUACAAAUGUCAGCAAUGUGGUAAAGCCUUUAAGCAGGACUCACAUCUUUCUAAACAUCAAAGAAUUCAUUCUGGAAUGAAACCCUACAUUUGUCAACAAUGUGGCAAAGCCUUUAACCAAUAUCCAGGCCUUUCUGUACAUCAAAGUUUUCAUUCUGGAGAGAAACCCUACAAAUGUCAACAAUGUGGAAAAGCUUUUAACUGAUACUCACACCUUUCUGAACAUCAACUAAUUCACUCUGCAGAGAAGCCCUACAAAUGUAAGCAAUGUGACAGAGCCUUUAAUCUUAGUUCAACCCUUAAUAAACAUCAAAAAAAUUCCUUCUAGAGAGAAGCCCUACAAAUGUCAACAAUGUGGUAAAACCUUUAAUCCUAGUUCAAAGCUUACUAAUCAUCAAAGAAUUCAUUCUGGAGAGAAACCCUACAAAUGUCAGCAAUGUGGCAAAGCCUUUCACCAGUCCACACACCUUUCUCAACAUCAAAAAAUUCAUUCUGGAGAAAAACACUACAAAUGUCAACAAUGUGGCAAAGCCUUUACUGUUAGUUCAACCCUUACUAAUCACCAAAGAAUUCGUUCUGGAGAAAAACCCUACAAAGGUCAAUUAUGUAGUAAAGCCUUAACCAAUACUCAGGCCUUUCUGUACAUAAAAGAAGUCAUUCUGAAGAGAAACCUUACAAAUGUCAACAGUGUGACCAAGCCUUUAACCAGUACUCACACCUUUCUGAAAAUCAGCGUAUUCAUUCUGGAGAGAAGCCCUACAAAUGUCAACAAUGUGGUAAAACCUUUAAUCUUGGGCGGCACCUGUGGCUCAGUGAGUAGGGCGCUGGUCCCAUAUGCCGAGGGUGGCGGGUUCAAGCCCAGCCCUGGCCAAACUGCAACACACAAAGAAAAAAAAAACCUUUAAUCUUAGUUCAAACCUUACUAAUCAUCAAAGAAUUCAUUCUGGAGACAAACUCUACAAAUGCCAAGAAUGUGGCAAUGCCUUUAACCAGUACUCACACUUUUCUUGACAUCAAAGAAUUAAUUCUGGAGAGAAACCCUACAUAUGUUAACAAUGUGGCAAAGGCUUUACUGUUAGUUCAACCCUUAUUAAACAUCAAAGAACUUAUUCCAUAGAGAAACCUUACAAGUGUCAACAAUGUGGCAAAGCAUUAAUAGUACUCACACUUUUUUAGACAUCAAAGAAUUCAUUCUGGAGAGAAACCCUAGAAAUGUUAAGAAUGGGGCAUAGCCUUUCACCAGUACUAUUGCUUUUCUGAACAUCAAAUAUUUCAUUCUCUAGAGAAACCUUACAAAUGUGAACAAUGUGUCCAACCCUUAACUAGUACUCAAACCUUUCUGUACAUCAAGUAAUUCAUUCCUGAGACCAACCACAAUUGCCAAGAAUGUGGCAAAGCCUUUAACCAAUACUCGGGUCUUUCUGAACAUCAAAAAAUUCAUUCUGGAGAGAAACCCUACGAGUGACAACACGGUGGCAAAGCCUUUAAUCAGUAUUUGAACUUUUCUGCAUGUAAAAGAGUCCAUUCUGGGGAGAACCCUUAUAAAUAUGAACAGUGUGUCAAACCCUUUAAUUCACGUUCAAACCUCACUGUAUUUAAAAUAAAUAAUAAAGGAGAGAAAUCUUUGAAAUAUGAAGGAUGUUGUAGUACAUUUACCUAGUGGUGAUAACUUGCUAAGCACAAAAGAAUUCACACUGGUGAGAAAUCCUGCAGCUGAAUAGUGUGGCAAUUCCUAUAACUGGAACUCAAACCUUACUAUGCAUAACAAAAUUCACAUUGGAGUGAAAUCCUACAGAUGUGAAUAGUGUGGCAAAGGUUUUUACUGGUCUUCAGCCCUCACAUUGGAGUGAAAUCCUACAGAUGUGAAUAGUGUGGCAAAGGUUUUUACUGGUCUUCAGCCCUUAGUAAACAUAGGAAAAAUCAUCCCAGAGAAAUAAUGUGACAAUAUGAAGACGUGGCAAAGCCUAAUGCUAGUGGUCACAGUUUUCUGUAUACAGUAGAAUUCAUGUUGAAGAGAAACUCUACAAAUAUGAAGAACAUAACAAAUGUUUAUUUUGUGCUCGAACCAUUAUAUAAAUGAAAAAUUUAUAACAGAGAAAUCCCUGACAAAUGUAAAGAAAGUUUUGAAUCCUAUAAGCAGGAUUCAGUACAUUUCAUGCAUUUUAGUACAUAACAGAAUUCAUACAGAAAUUGUAUAUAUGGGAAGAAUGAGACAAUAUCUUUAAAUGUUUCUCAUGCUUUUCUAAUCAUAAUUCAUAUGAACAAAAUACUCUACAAAUUGCAGUCUCAAAGCCUUAAAGUUGUGUUUGUCCUGUUAGGUAGGGCUAAGAAGAGACAGGGUCAGAUGAUACAGGAGAUCCUUUGUCCAUCAUUAGAGGAACAAAAUGACCAGAGGGGGCUUCUGUGAAAGACAAACUGGCAUUUCAAGAAGGCUUUCACAAAGUGAACUGAUAUUUGCUUUACAAGAAUGAGUCUCAGAGGUAGAGAGGCAACAAUAUGGAGAUAAGGCCAAGGCCACAAAAAGGGAUGUUUGGAUCAUGGGUUCAAGUAAUGUGACUGUAAGCUCAAGUGACCUAUUUUCAUUAACAUAGUACAAUUUACACCAGUUCUAUCACCCUUCACAAAUUCAAUGAUAACUUCUGGAAAUUGCCUUACAGGAAUAGAAAAUGGGAAGACUCUCCUUUCUGGAAGUUUUCUCCCUUUCCAGGAAAAAUGAAUAUUUACCCCCCACACCACUUAACAUAGAAUUGGAAAAUUUAUAUAAAAGCAAAGCAUCUUACUAAACCCACAGUCUUCUCCACUUGAAAGAUGUGUUCAUUUUCUGGAGUGUACUGUUCUCUAAUAAACUUUGAUCUUUUGCAUACACAUAUCUACUUAUUCUGCUCAUUUGUUCCACUGUCUUGGUACCAGUAACCAUUCUUUGGCCCUUGGAACAAAAAAACAGGGAACAUAUACCUGAUGUCUGGUCCCCAUAUGUGACAUUUUGGUGCCAAAAUUUGGGAGGAAAAUAGACAUCUUUGGCAAGAUAAGUUAAUAGAACAAUAAACAUUGUUAAUUCACUCUGCCUGCUCAUAUUGCUUAUUACA